AUGGCGCCGCGCGGCAGGGCCCGCGGCACUUCGGUGGACCAGAAGGACAAGCACUCCAGGACGGCGCUGCACGUCGCGGCGUACGCGGGGCACGUCGAGGUGAUCAAGGCGCUGCUCGAGAGCGGCGCGAACGCGAAGGCGGCGGCCAUGGACAGCACCAACGCGCUGCACUUCGCCGCCAUGAAGGGGCACAGCGAGGCCUGCAGGGCGCUCAUCAACGCAGGUGUUUCUGUGAAUAGUAAGACGCGCAAGGGCAUGAUGGCGCUGCAUUUUGCGUCCCAGGGCGGCCACAAGGAGCUCGCGCAGCUGCUCCUCAAGCGUCGAGCCAACGCUGGCGCCGCGAACGCGCGAGGGCAGCUGCCCUUCGAGCUCGCGAAGGGAGAGGAACUCAAGACUCUCCUGCGCGAGGCCGCUGCGACAGCAGCUCAGCACGGAGACGGCGCGGCGGAGGACAAGGCACAGGAGGAACCGCCAGCUGCCGCCCCGCCCUCCCCCGGCGCGGCCGCGGUCCCAGACGACGACGACAAGGCCGCAUCAAAGGGCCCAUCUCUUUUCAGGAAGCGCGGCAGGCAGGAGAAGGCGAAGGAAGCCGCGGAGGCCGCGCCCCAGGCGGACGCCGACACUCCAGACGGCGGCCUCGACGCGGACCCGUCGCUGGGCCUGCCUAUGAACUUCGGGUCCGCGCAGGACGCGGGCGGCCAGGCGAAGAAACGCAAACGCCCCGCUGGCAGCAAGGCCGGCGUGCAGAUGCGGAUGGACACCUUCUAUGCGGUGCUCGAGGGCCCGCUCCUGCCGUACCUCGACCGCGCCUCGCGCAUCCAGCUCGCCGCAACCUCUACAAGGUGCUUUUCCGCCAUCGCGCGCUCCCGGAGCGCGCUGCGGCCGCUGAGGUAUAUGUCGCAUGACUUCUCGUAUGAAGACGUACGACGCAUCCAGAAGGACCUCCAGUCCCUGCGAGUCCUCUCGCGCUGCGUCCGGCCGGGGGAGCCCAACUGCGCAGGGACAAUCGAGUUUCCUCAAUUCUCGAUCAACGCGGGGGACGUGCACGCGCUGCUGACGGCGCUGGCGGCGUCGUCGCCGCUGGACCUGGCCGUGCUCGCCGGGACGAGCGCGAGCGACGACGCAAGGAUUGCCGUGCUCGCAGCGUUCCUGCAACGCGCCGCGGCUGCCAGCACCAAUGGGCCCCUGCGCGUCCACAGGCUCACGCUGGAGGACGUCGGUCAUCACGGCAUCCCGCUGGACUACGUGAAGAUGAUCCUCGGGCUGCCGGGGCUCCACAAGUCGCUGCGGUCGUUUCACUUCGACACGAAACUGGCAACAGACUUCAUUCGCGAAACCUAUCGAUAUCGAGACGCUCCCGAGGCUGCACCGGACGGUUCGGAGGAUUACUUUCUCCCGGUCGGCCCGAUCGACAGCGGCUCGCACGCCCCCAGCCCGCCGGACGCUGCUGGCCACAAGACCGCGAGCGACAUGCUGCUGGCACUGCUGCGGCGGGCGGAGGGCCUCACGCAUGUCAGACUGCAGGCCGAGUACAUGACGUGCGAGGUGUUUCCGCGCGAGGGUGAGGACGCGAGGCGCGUCCUCGACGCCCUCGCGCGUCACCGCCGCCCCCUGGCCGAGUUGCACGUCAAAACCCUAUCAGAGGGGAUGGAAUGUCCCGAGCCCUUCACGGGGCCUGCGGCCGACGAGCUCGUCCGGCUGGUGGCGGCGCGUCCGGUCGAAGCGCUGCAGCUCGUCGGGCCGGACAAGGUUGAUGAGGCGGCGCGGCUGCUGGCGGGCGGGAGCACGGCGACAGCAGUGAGCCUCCGCUGUGGCCCCAUGUUGAGGGAAAAGCUGAGCGUUCUGUUGCUUCGCCCUUCCACCACGGCGAAUGCCGCGCAGAGCGUCGUCUGGGAGGCGCUGAUGACGAACGACACCACAACGCGCCUCGACCUGGCCAUGUGCGACCUUGGCGACGCGGGGCUGCUCACAGCGUUCUCGCAGGGCACAGCCCGCGUCAACACCACCCUGCGCGACUUGCGACUGGGCGCGAACCACAUCACGCUGGCCGGGUGCGCGGCGCUGGCGAGGGGCUUCCCUGCCCUGACGCACCUGGACAUGGAGGCCAACCCCAUUGGCUUCAGGGGGGUUGCGGCGCUGCUGAACGGGCUGCCGUCGCUGAAGGUCGCGGCGUUCGCGAACAUGGACGGAACGCAGGGCGGUGUGGUGGAGCUCGGGGAGGCGAUCGCGAGCAACGGGACGGUGGAGGCGCUCAAGCUCGGUGCAUGUUUGGCCAACAAUUGGAUCGGCCCCGAAGGACUUGCAGGAAGGCCGUUCAAGCUCAUGCGCGACGGCGCUCCGACCUCGGAGUGGUUCGGCACCAAGUGGUUCACCGAGAGAAUCGUAUCGACGAUUCCCAAUCUCGGGGGUGCGCUCGGCCGCGGUCUUGGCCGAAACACAACGCUCGAGAGGCUCCAUCUGGAAGGACUGUCUUUCGGAACGGGCUCCUGGGAGGCACUCGCGGAGGGGCUGCGCGGCAACACGACGCUGCAGCGCCUCUCGCUCGCGAACACGGGGCUUUGGAAGCGUGGUACCCACAUCGCGUUCGCGCUGAGCUGGCUGGGGAGCGACACCACCCGCAACGAGACCUCUGCGCCCCACGAGGUGUCGCUGUGGUUCUGCGAGCCAGACAUCUACCAGGAAGACCAAUCCGCACUAUCUGCCUCUCUCCGCGCUUGCUGGGAAAAGUUCGUGACGCAGGCGGAGGGGCACAACACGCCUCCACACAAGAUAGCCAAGCUGUCGAUUCUUUUCAAGUACCCGGAGGAGUUCCGGUCGCAGGUGCCAUGGGUUGUCGACGAGCGCCCUGAGUCGACGUCAACCUCUUCCGAUUCAGGUUGGGUUUGA